AUGAGAAAAGCAACUCAUGUGGGUCUUUUUAUUGUGCUGAAGGAGUGGAGUUGGGGAGCUGUGCUCCUAGCGGCGUUACUCUUGCUGCUAGACUCGCAGGCACAUGGCAGGAGACACCUCAUUCGCCACGGUCGUCAGCGGCGGCAGCACCAACACCUACAUCACUUCCACCAUAACGUGACGCUGGGUUUAAAGCCGGGGUCGUACCAAGAAUCAGGUCCCUGGGGUCCCUGGACUGCUAGCAGUUCCUGCUCGAGGACCUGCGGUGGGGGCGUCGCCUACCAAACGCGAGUCUGCGAGCACUUCAGACAUGACGGAUUGCACGGCUGCACCGGUCCAUCCAGGAAGUACUUCUCUUGCAACGUCGAAGAAUGUCCGGUCCACACAAAGGACUUCAGGGAAGAGCAGUGUGCCCGGUUCAACAGCAUACCCUUUGAAGGGCGCUACUACAACUGGAUGGCUUAUUACAAUGCUGCCAACCCCUGUGAGCUAAACUGCAAACCGAAAGGUGGGCGAUUCUACCACCGACAUUCAGCCAAGACCAUCGACGGUACGCGGUGUCAUGAUGAUGGCAGCCUAGACGUUUGUGUCGAUGGAGCUUGCAUGCCUGUCGGGUGUGACAAGAUGCUGGGCUCGGACGCCGUGGAGGACAAGUGCCGGGUGUGUCGGGGUGACGGUAGCAGCUGCAGCACAGUCGAGGGCGUCUUUAACUUGGAUAACUUAAAAGUCGGUUACAACGACAUCCUGUUGAUUCCAUCGGGAGCUACGAACAUCAGAAUUGAAGAGAAGUUCCCCACAAACAACUAUCUUGCCGUUCGCAACGAGACUGGCUACUACUACCUCAAUGGCAACUGGCGCAUCGAGCUCUCCCGGAGCGUCCGCUUUGCUGGCACUGUGUUUCAUUACGAGCUGCUCAACCACCGUGCCAAUGCUCCCGAGAGCUUGGUCGCCCUUGGGCCAACGAUUGAGACCAUUGUCAUUGUGCUUCUGUACCAGGAGAAAAACCUGGGCAUCACGUAUGAAUACUCAGUGCCUCACGGUGUCAGUCAGCGGCAGCCGGACAUGUACAGCUGGAACACGGGAGACUUCGGAGAAUGCUCACAGACCUGCGGGGGAGGUGCUCAGUCCCGCCUGGUCUACUGUACGAGCGCAACCACAUUUGAAAAGGUGUCUGACGACCUGUGCAACCCGACAGUCAAGCCCCAAGCCACCAGAGUCUGCAACCCAGAACCGUGCCCUGCAACGUGGUAUGUUGGGGAGUGGGAAGACUGUUCCAAGUCUUGCGGCAAUGGCACGCAGGAGCGAUUGGUGUUCUGCCAGCGGCACACCGAGGUUGGCAGCUUGCUGACUGCUGACUCGGAUUGCAAAUCCUCUGGGCCCAGGCCAGAACGGCUGCGGGAUUGCAGCUCCUAUGCAGAGUGUGCCUCCUGGAAAGCGGGCAACUGGACGGAGUGUGAUCGUCUGUGUGGAGAAGGCACUCAGAUUCGAGAAGUUGUGUGCAUCAACCCUCUCGAUGGUGAGACUGUGGAGGUCCUGGAUGACUCUGGUUGUGAUGAAUCGAAAAAACCGCCCUCCAACCAAACCUGUGAGCUGCGACCCUGUGAUGGCACAGAAUGGGUCACUUCACCGUGGUCUGGGCAAUCGCAGUGUGAACUUCCAUGUUCGUCGCGCAUCGAGACCCGGCAGGUGCUCUGCACUAAUGAGGAGGGGAUAGUUUUCCCCAAUGAGUAUUGCGAUGACGAGAAGCGGCCCAACACGACCAAACCAUGUGACGAGGACGACAGUGCCCUGGACGAGGAGUGCCAGUACAUGUGGCACUACUCCAAGUGGAGCCCCUGUUCCACGGAGUGCGGGAAUGGCAUGCAAACCCGCAAGGUGUUCUGUGUCAGCUUUAUCGACGGGAACAUCGUCAAUGUGACGGAUGACAAUUGCAACCCAGCAGAACAACUUAACUCAACUCGGGAGUGUACUGUAGAGGCUCUCUGUAAUGGCACUUGGGUCGCUGCUCCCUGGAAUCAGUGUUCAACGCCCUGCGGUGGUGGUCAGCGCACAAGAACUAUCAUUUGCCACGUCAAUGGGAAACCAGCUGCACCUGAGAAUUGCGAUGUCAGCAAGAAGCCCUUUGACACUGAGUCAUGCAACAUGAAUGCUUGCGACGAAGCUGAGGGACCUGACUUUGAAGGGCGCCAGAACUGCACGGAGUCGCUGUACGGGUGCUGCGAGGACAAUGUGACCUUUGCUCUGGGAUCCGACGGCGAAGGUUGCUGCGUGGUGACUGAGUUUGGCUGCUGCCGUGACAAUGUCACCGCAGCGACAGCAGCUGACGGGUGCCUCUGCAACACGACAGUACAUGGAUGUUGUCCUGACAACGUUACUGUUGCAUUGGGUCCCGAGUACGUAUGCCACUACUUCUUCGAGGGAUGUGCCUGUGAGCACCAUGCUUUCGGUUGCUGUCCUGACAAGAAGUCGCCGGCUGAAGGUCCUGACCUUGAGGGCUGUGUCAUCUGCACCAACACGACCUUUGGAUGCUGCCCCGAUGACAGCACUGCAGCACUGGGACCCAACUUUGAAGGCUGUGAAGGGUACGAGACCAACUGCACAACCACCACAUUCGGCUGCUGCCCCGAUGGAGUGCAAGCCGCGGAGGGUGAGAAAUUCGCCGGUUGCACCGUGGCAUGCGAGGGCACCCCGUUCGGCUGCUGUCCCAAUGGACUGGCUCCAGCUUCGGGUAUUGGCUUCGAGGGGUGUGACAACUGCAGCGAGUCACUCUACGGAUGCUGCGCAGACAACACUUCCUUUGCCCUCGGCCCAGACGGCGAGGGCUGUUGCUUCCACACCGAGUUUGGCUGCUGUCUCGACAACAAAACGGAAGCGCAGGGACUCGACUGGGCAGGCUGCAGCUGCCAUACGACGCCACACGGCUGCUGCCCUGAUGGAAUCGCCACUGCUAGCGGCCCCAGGUGCGAUCAAAAUAAUAGAAACUGCGGCUGCAGAAGUAGUAAUGAGAUACAAUGCAGGGAUGAAAGAAGCCUCCUCUCAUAUUCUGUGAGAAAUGAAAAUACAACAAAGCAGCUAGGGCAUUCAAAGAGCAGAAGAGAAAGGUACUACGGAUGCACAUGUCACAACUAUCCAUUUGGCUGUUGCCAAGACAAGCACACACCGGCCGACGGUCCCGACUUUGAAGGGUGCAUCUGCUCUCGUCUGCUGUACGGUUGUUGCCCCGACGAUGUCACUCCCGCUGAGGGUCCUGACAUGGCAGGCUGUCCGUGCCAGAUCACAAAGUUUGGUUGCUGCCUUGACCAACGCACUCCUGCCCGCGGACCCAACCUGGCCGGGUGUGGCUGCGACACCAUGCCUUACGGCUGCUGCCCUGACCAACGAACACCGGCCCGCGUACCUGGCUUUGGUGGCUGCCCGUGCACAGCGAUGCCAUAUGGCUGCUGCCCCGACCAUUACACUGCUGCCCAAGGACCAGACGGCAGAGGCUGCGAGUGCGAGAAGCUGCUCUAUGGCUGCUGCCCCAAUGGUCGCACACCGGCCACAGGCCCCAGCCUGGCUGGCUGUACAUGCCACCACUACCCUUACGGGUGCUGCCCUGACGGACAAACUCCUUUUCGAGGUCCUGAAUACGAUGGCUGCACCUGUGCCAUGACUGCCUACGGUUGCUGCCCCGACGGGGUCACUGCCGCCAGGGGGCGCAAUUUCGAAGGCUGCCAAGAUACAACGGUCAUGCCUACCCCCAACGUCAGCGUCAGCGUGUGUGGCCUACGCGAAGAGCAUGGCCCCUGUCACAACUAUAUGGUCUACUGGUUCUUCAGCGUCACCGAUGGUCGCUGCAACCGCUUCUGGUACGGAGGUUGUGAGGGCAAUGGAAACCGGUUCAACUCAGAGGAAGAGUGCAAGAACACCUGCGUCAAACCUGAAGGACCUGAUGCCUGCCUACUUCCAAAGGUGAUUGGUACAUGCGACGGCCAGUACCAGCAUUGGUACUUCGACGCGACCACUCGCUCCUGCGAGUCGUUCAUGUACGGAGGUUGCCUCGGAAACAACAACCGCUUUGCCAGCAAAGACCUGUGCGAGCAGACCUGCCUGCACCAGGAGAAGCUUGACCCGUGUGAGCCGUCAGCAGCACCUGGACCAUGCAGGGGCUCGUACAAGAGGUUCUACUACGACCGGCAGGACAACCAGUGCAAGCGGUUCACGUAUGGUGGUUGCCAGGGCAACGCAAACAACUUUGCCACAGAAGAGGAGUGCUCAGAACGAUGCCUCAGGCUCAGCGCACAGGAAAUCUGCAUCCUGGCCAAGGAAGAAGGCCGCUGCCUCUCGGAGGACCGCAAGUGGUACUACGACUAUGUAGAAGGACGCUGCAAGGAGUUUGUCUACACGGGUUGCCAGGGCAACCGCAACCGCUUUAACACGCGCGACCAGUGCGAACGCAUGUGCAACUCUACAAGAGUCGCCGUGUCCCGUGACAUCUGCGCCCUGCCGAAGGAAGAGGGUCCAUGUCGGGCAGCCAUCCUGCACUGGCACUACAACAUGGCGGCUGGGCGCUGCGAGCAGUUCUACUACGGUGGCUGCGACGGAAAUGAGAACAACUUUGCCUCACACCUGGAGUGUGAACAGACGUGCGGACAGCCUGCUUCAACUGAGGAACCUGAGGAAGAGUUCCGACACGAGUUCUGCUUCAUGCCGAGUGAGGCAGGCCCCUGCACCAACAUGGAGGUGCGCUGGUUCUAUGACAAGCAGGAUGGCGUGUGCCGCGAGUUCCACUAUGGUGGCUGCCUUGGCAAUCGGAACCGCUUCCGGUCCCGUAGAGACUGCGAGGACCGCUGCUUCAGUUCUCAAGACCUGUGCAUGCUGCCGAAAGUGCAAGGCCCGUGCAGUGGCACGUUCACCCAGUGGUUCUACGAUCCCGAGACGGACCGGUGCCAUGAGUUCACGUACGGUGGUUGCCAGGGCAAUGCCAACCGCUUCAACGACCGUGAAGCCUGCGAGAAUCAGUGCCGCGAGGGGGUGCCAGUGCCUACAGAGCCACCCAUUGAGCGCCCCACGCCCCUUGAUGUGUGCACACUCCCGAAACAGCCUGGACCGUGCUAUGGCUUGCUGAUGAUGUGGUACUUUGACACUGCAACUCGUGAGUGCCGCAGCUUUACCUACGGAGGCUGCGAGGGCAACGACAAUCGCUUUGAGUCACGGGAGCUCUGUGAACAACGCUGUGGCCACCAUCGUGCAGGGCCAGGCAUAUGCAAGAAAACGGUCGACCCCGGCCACUGCAGUGAGGUGCAUGAACGGUGGUUCUACGACGCACAUACCGGCGUCUGCCUGCAAUUCGUGUACACUGGCUGUGGAGGCAAUAAGAACCGGUUCAAGUCGGCCGAAAUGUGCAUGAAGUUCUGCUCUGGAGUUUCAAGAAGUCGCACAUUCUACGUGGAGCUAAUUGAAGAGAAGAAAAGAGAAAAAGUCUGCAAAAAUGGGUCUAGAAUUAGUGAGCAUAACAUUUUUAACAAUAGGGUUCAUUGUGGCGUGAGCUUAGGUUCUGAUCUAUGGCAUUACGACGAAAACAGAUUCAUGAGUCGGUUAAUCCAAUCCAGAAUAAUCAAACCUUGGUUUCUUGCAGACCUGUCACCGCCCGUGCACCGUCCGGCAGAAAUGGCAGCACACGCAAAGCCCGAGGUGACAGCCAACGCCGGCUCUGACGUGACACUGUCGUGCCUCGACCGGCCAUUCCUGAUACUGUCUGUCACGUGGACCUUCCGCGAUGAGUUAGUUGAGAGCAAUAAGGGGCGCUUCAAGAUCUUGGUCGAUGGCUCGUUGCACAUCUCUCAGCUGACGGGCGACGACGCCGGCCCCUACCGGUGCACUGCCGACGACGGGCGCCAGAAGGUGUCACAUGUCACCAACCUCGUUGUGUUCGUGCCUGCUACAAUCAAGCCCUCGAGCGCGACGGUGACCGUGACUGUGUCAAGCACGGCACGACUGUUAUGCUUGGCCGUUGGCCACCCGACUCCCAUCGUACAGUGGUACCGGCACGGCAAGCAGCUGCCACAGCGGAGCGCGCGCUACGCCAUCCUAGCAGACUUCACGCUCGCCAUCCAAAACGUCACGCUCGAAGACGAGGACAUUUACAUGUGCCGCGCGUACAACUACUACGGCCAACCAGCCGUCUGGAAGGUGUCCCUCUCCGUGCUGCCAUUGAGUCGGGAGUCGGCAGUGCCGGGACGCCGCCGGCGCCGCGGUCAUGGCUCACGGGGUUCAUCAUUCCGGCGUACAGGCAGGAAAAUAUAUCUGACCGGCAACGGUGCGUAGCAACGCACAGUGGCACGAGAAGAUGGGAGCGGUCACUCUGUACUCGGUGUGGCUGGUGCCCUGUCUUAUUGCGUUGGUCAUGCUUUAAGUUAGUUGUAUGUGUGGACUUCAGGAAACUCUGUAGCUAGUGCCUCACUUCGGACUGUCUCUUUGUCCUUGGGCCGUUGUCACGGCAAGAAUGGUUUAUGUGCAUUCGAGCACAGAUUAAGCACAUUAUAUCUUCCAGAGUAGCAUGGUCUACCUUUGCAGAGUUUACAGUGUGCUCUUGAAUCACUACAGAUUGAAGAUAUUACAGGCAACUAUAGCUCCUUAAAUAGCUUGUUAAAGUAACGUAAAGAGUGAGGCUCUUACAGAACUACAUUUCAGGAAGCCAUCUGGAAUCUUGGAGCUCAAGGAAUAUUACAGUUUGAGUAAGAAAGGCUAAGGCUUAAGAAGUAAUUUAUUGCAAUCAUAAAUUUAAGUGACACAGUUCAAGCCUCUGGCACGAGGUGCAUCACAGGAGAAUUCUAGUUGGCCUGACAUGAGCUUUAUGUAUCACAAUGUCUGUACAUAUGUAUUCACAUGUUUUUCAUAACAUAAAAACAUAGCCAUACAGGA